CUCCACCCCUCUCCGGGAGAUACAGAGGAGGUGGGGCGGGUGGGGGAACUGGCUUGUGUUUUGGAACAGCUGCAGCCGGCGCUGGGCCCGCCUGGAAUGCGAGAACAGGCUGCGCACCAGGACUUUUAUGGAAACUUGCUGCUGGAGACGACGGCGGCGGCGGCGACGGCAGCCAGAGGGCUCCCGGCGGCUGGAGCAGUAGUGGCAGCGGCCAGAGCGCCCACACCCUACCCACACCCGGGCUCGGGACGCGCACAGUCUCUCCGCGCGCAAGGAGGACCUUCGCUGUCACCGGCUCCUGGCGGGUGCAAAAAUAUUCAAAACUUUAUAAUCAGCCCAAGACCACAUACAGCAAACAUGAAUGAUAUUUCCCAAAAGGCUGAGAUUCUGCUUUCUUCAUCUAAACCUGUCCCCAAAACCUAUGUGCCAAAACUUGGCAAGGGUGAUGUAAAGGAUAAAUUCGAAGCCAUGCAGAAAGCCAGGGAAGAAAGAAAUCAAAGGAGGUCUAGAGACGAAAAGCAAAGAAGAAAAGAACAAUAUAUUAGAGAGAGAGAAUGGAACAGGAAAAAGCAGGAGAUUAAAGAAAUGCUUGCACCUGAUGAUGAAGAAGAGGUAUCUUCUAAAGUAGAAAAGGCAUAUGUGCCAAAGCUAAUAGGAACUGUUAAAGGUAAAUUUGCUGAAAUGGAGAAACAAAGACAAGAGGAACAAAGGAAGAGAACAGAGGAGGAGCGAAAACGCAGAAUUGAGCAGGAUAUGUUAGAAAAGAGGAAGAUACAGCGUGAAUUAGCAAAAAGGGCUGAGCAGAUUGAGGACAUAAACAAUACGGGAACUGAAUCAGCAUCAGAGGAAGGAGAUGAUUCACUGCUCAUAACAGUGGUGCCUGUCAAGUCAUACAAAAUAUCUGGAAAAAUAAAAAAGAAUUUUGAAGGCCUAGAAAAAGAACGAGAAGAGAAAGAAAAGAUCACCUAUGAAGAAGAUAAAAAAAUUAGAUAUGAAGAAGAACAACGAUCUCUCAAGGAAGCAAAGUGUCUUUCAUUGGUGAUGGAUGAUGAAAUGGAAAGCAAGGCAAAAAGAGAAUCACUUUCUCCUGGAAAAUUGAAACUAACUUUUGAAGAAUUAGAGAGACAAAGACAAGAAAAUCGAAAGAAGCAAGCUGAAGAGGAAGCAAGACAACGUUUAGAAGAAGAGAAGCGUGCUUUUGAAGAAGCAAGGCGGCAAAUGGUAACUGAAGAGGAGGAAAACCAAGGCACAGAAAAAAAUUUUAAAGAAUACCGUCCUGGUAAACUCAAACUCAGUUUUGAAGAAACAGAAAGGCUAAGGAGAGAAGAUGAAAAAAAGAAAGCAGAAGAAGAAGCCAGAAGGAGAAUAGAAGAAGAAAAGAAGGCAUUUGCUGAAGCAAGAAGAAGCAUGGUAGUAGAUGAUGACUCCCCAGAGAUGUAUAAAACAAUUUCUCAAGAAUCUCUUACACCGGGAAAACUGGAAAUUAAUUUUGAAGAAUUAUUAAAACAAAAAAUGGAAGAAGAAAAACGACGAACAGAGGAGGAACGGAAACAUAAACUAGAAAUGGAGAAACAGGAAUUUGAACAACUGAGACAAGAAAUGGGAGAGGAAGAGGAAGAAAAUGAAACCUUUGAAUUGAGCAGAGAAUAUGAAGAAUUAAUCAAAUUAAAAAGAAGUGGUUCUAUUCAAGCUAAAAAUCUAAAAAGCAAGUUUGAAAAAAUUGGACAGUUGUCUGAAAAAGAAAUACAGAAAAAGAUAGAAGAAGAACGAGCAAGGAGGAGAGCAAUUGACCUUGAAAUUAAAGAGAGAGAAGCAGAAAACUUUCAUGAGGAAGAAGAUGUAGAUAUCAAGCCUGCAAAAAAAAGUGAAGCUCCGUUUACUCAUAAAGUAAAUAUGAAAGCUAGAUUUGAACGAAUGGCUAAGGCAAGAGAAGAAGAAGAACAAAGAAGAAUUGAAGAACAAAAGCUACUACGCAUGCAGUUUGAACAAAAGGAAAUUGAUGCAGCACUACAAAAGAAAAGAGAAGAGGAGGAGGAAGAAGAGAGUAGCACCAUGAAUGGGUCCACUAUUGAAGAUGAAGAGCAAACCAGAUCAGGAGCUCCAUGGUUCAAGAAGCCUCUAAAAAAUAUAUCAGUUGUAGACAGCGAGCCAGUUAGAUUUACUGUUAAAGUAACAGGAGAACCCAAACCAGAAAUUACAUGGUGGUUUGAAGGAGAAAUAUUGCAGGAUGGAGAAGACUAUCAGUAUAUUGAAAGAGGAGAAACUUACUGCCUUUACUUACCAGAAACUUUCCCAGAAGAUGGAGGAGAGUAUAUGUGCAAAGCAGUCAACAAUAAAGGCUCUGCAGCUAGUACCUGUAUUCUUACCAUUGAAAGUAAGAAUUAAUCACUCUUUAAAUCUUUUAUUCUAUUCAUGUUUUUUUCCCCUUAAAAAAAAAAUCACUUUUGUUCUUUUCUUUUUUAGCUGAUGACUACUAGCUCCCCUUCCCUCCCCUUGGAACUUUCUCUCUGUCUCCAACUUUCUCAUUACAUCCACCUUUUCUGUGGCGGGGCCAAAAAAGGAAACCAGAAGUGCCACUAUGUUGACUUCUUAUUCCUUUUCAUAACAGUCUUCAAAACACAAGCUCACCUAAAGAACACCUUCUUGUCCAAACUGAGCACCAGAUAUAUUGCCAUAUUAUGCAGUAGCAGUAAAAAUGUAUUUAAUGGGGGAGAGGGGUAAAUUUACUUAUUCUAUCAGAACCUAUUACAAAGACUCUGUAUUUCCCAUAAGUUUACAGCACUUAUGUUAAAACAAAAAAAGUAGGAUACAUUAUUUUGCAUGAAAGAAUGUCAUUUAUGAGCUUUUACACCUAAAAUUAGUCUGAAAUAGUUGAGAAAAUGAAUUUGGAACCUAUCAAUUUGAGUGGACUUUUUUCCUUGGUAGUACAUCAUUUUGGUUUUUAUUAAAGUCUUUCAGAAGCAGACAUAUUAGGGGGGUGUCAGAAGGGGGGGGAGAGUAGUGGCAUUCCUUUCAUGGAAAAGGGGAGCACGGAGAAAACCAAAAAGAAUUAAAGGACUUUUAAAAAACAAUUGCCAGAGAAAAUCUAACAGAAACCACUGCCUAUACGUGUUCUGAAUGUUGAGAAUAUUAAACAUGUAUUUUUCAAAUGUGUGUAAUUAUAUAUAAUCAAAUUUAUAAAGCAAGUUUAUGUUGUGAUCUUGCCUGAACAAAUUAUAUUUUAAUGAGAGUUUGUAUUAAUAGUUUAUGAAGGAGAAAAGUUUAUCUUUCAACAUAAUUAAAGGUUUCAAGAUCUAUGAGGAUUAGAAUCAGGAAAAAAUGGCAUAACCUUUAAUUUAAAAUUCUAGUCUUUAAAAUGAGUUUGUAAAUAAUUAGCUGCCAUGUUCUAUUAUCAAGUUGUUUUACAUUUUAAUAUUCUGGAAGACAAUUUUAUCUUACAAUGUAAACCCAUAAUAAACUAACUUCUGUAUUUAAAAAAAAAAAA